AUGGAAGCAGGAUCCGCCCCUCACACUCGCUCGUACGGCGUAGGAAAAAAGAUGGGAAUCACUGGCCAAACCAAUGGUGCUAGUCGUCGCGCAGACAGCCAUGCAGCUGUUCCCGCGCACGCGGGCUUCCCUCCCCGCGUUCACGUUAUACACGGUGCGGCGGGUCGUAUUGUAUGCGUAGCCGACAUUCGUGGCCACAUUCAGCAGCUGAACCAGAUUGCUGCUGAGAACAAGGCUGCUGCUAUUAUCCACACAGGUGACUUUGGCUUUUACACGCGCGACAGUCUCGAACGCAUGGGCGAGCGGACGCUGCAGCAUGUCAUCCAAUACAGCCCCCUGCUGUCGAGCAAGCUGCGCUCGGUGCUUCUUGACAGCGCCGAGUCGCGCGCUCCCUUGGCAAAUGGGCCAGCGCAUGCGCAUCUGCGCCAGAUGUUUGCUGACCACCCAGAGGCCGUGCUGUCCGAGUUCCCGCAGCUGCUCUCCAAGCAGAUUACACUAGAUGUGCCGGUGUUCACCGUGUACGGCGCCUGCGAAGAUGUCGAGGUGCUCGAGCGCCUGCGAUCGGGCGAGUAUUCUGUGCCGAACUUGUACAUUCUGGACGAGGCAUCGACGCAUGCCAUCGAUGUCGGCUCACUUCGGCUGCGUCUCCUGGGCCUUGGAGGCGCCGUCGUGACCCACAAGCUGUUCGACCAUGGUGUCGGAAAUGGCUCUUUGGCAGGAGGUCAAGGAACUAUGUGGACGAGCAUGCUCCAAAUUGGCGAGUUGAUUGAGACGGCACAGCACGUAUAUGACCCCACCGAGGUACGUGUGUUCGUGUCGUUUGCCUCGCCGGGGCGUGAUGGGCUCGUGGCGCAGCUGGCGCAGGCCCUGCGUGCCGACUUCUGCGUGAGUGGGGGCCUGCACCUGCGCUAUGUCACUAGCUACAACGACUAUGGCGUGUAUGGCCAGCUGGACACGUACCGUGCAAAGCUCUCGCAGGCGACGGCCAACUUCCAGGAUGUAUGGGAUGCCGUGCGCCCCCAGGUCGAGGCAGCGAUUGAUCCCUCCCAGCGUACGCUGCUAAACCAUGCCCUACAGGUCGCGCUGCACGUGCCCCAGCCGAUUGCGGCAGGCGCCAGCCGCGAUGAUGCGUUUAAGAGCCUGUGGCAGUGGAACCUCCCUGAUGCCUCGAUUGGCUCACUGGUGCUCGACAUUUCAAAUGGCCGCGUUGCGACCGAGAUGCGCAGCCAGGGUGUGAACUUUGCGUCGCGCCGCUCGCGUGCCGCAGCGCCGCCGGUGAAGGUUGCCCUUCCGUCGGCGCGGGAUAAGAGCCCCGCAGCUCCUGCUGGUGCUGUGCCCCCUGUGGCAGGGCCGGCGGAAGAGCCCGCCGCCCAGAUCCCUCAUACCUUGUUCCUUGGCCAUCUGGGCGAGGCCCAUCCCGUAUCAGAGGGGGACAUCCGUGCGUACUUUGGCGAGCACGCGGCGAACAUCACGCACAUCCACUUUUUCCCGUCCGACCGUGAACGCCGCGGCAAGGACGAAGGCGAGCCACGCAUGCGCAACUUUGUGCAUGUGGAAUUCAAAAGCGAUGCCGUUGCCGCCGCUGCGCUGCAGUGUCGUGGCAAGACGAUCAAGAACACCAGCGUAGUGCCGACGCUCGAGCUGCUAGAGCGUCCCCGUGCCAAGCCGAAGACCGUGAAGGACCGGGCCGACGAGGAUGCGCCGUCGUCUGGACGCACUCGCGGCGGCCGGCGUGGGCGGGGCGGCCGAGGCGGGCGCAACCGCAACAAUAACAACAACAACAACAACAAUGCUGGCAGCGAGCCUAACCGCCAUGCCAAUGGAAACGACACGGGCGAGAAUACCAAAGCAGCCACGCAGGGCGACGCGGUGCCCGCCGCACCAAAAGAGGAGGCCACGAGUGCAUAG